AUGAGGAGACAUCUCAAAGUGGCUGCAUGCUGGACCCCCCAGAUGAGGACUGUGUUGGAGAGUAAGAGGUCUGUGCAAGGCAGCUCCAGUCAGAGUAAGAAAUUCGUCCCACAGAGGAACAGUUAUCUUGAUCCUGACAGCUCUCGUCAGCACUUCCGGAACUUCUACUAUCCUGAAGCAGCUGGACCUUUUCAGGCUGCCAGCCAACUGCAGGAAUUAUGCCGCCGGUGGCUGAGGCCAGAGAUCCACUCAAAAAAGCAGAUAUUAGAACUGCUGGUGAUCGAGCAAUUCCUGACCAUUCUGCCCAAGAAGCUCCAGACCCAGAUGCAGAAGCAUCAUCCACAGAGCAUUGAGGAGGCUGUGGCCCUGGUUGAAUACUUUCAGGGAGAAUUUAGUCAGAGGAAUGAGAGUCUGUUGACCUUUGAAGAUGUCUCCCUGAAUUUUUCCCAGGAAGAAUGGGAGUUAUUGGAACCCAAUCAGAAGGCUCUCUACAACAGUGUGAUGCAGGAGAACUAUGAGACUGUCAUCUCUCUGGGAUUGAAACUCAAAAAUGACUGUGAAAAUGAUCAGACUAUAUCUACUUCUGAGUUAGAAAUGCCAGCAACGGGAAGCAAAGUAUCAAAAAAAGUCAGAGUGGACAUUCCCCAAAAAACAUCGGGCACAGGAAAUCCUGGUGGAACGUUCAGGGUGAGGAAACGCCAUCAAAAUUUUCCAGGGAAGAAGAAAAAGAAACAUUCAGCGUGUAAACAAGAGCUGCCAAGAUGUACAGACCUUCAUAGGAAAGGUCAUUCAGAGGAGAAACCUUUUAAAUGUCAGGAAUGUGGGAAAAGCUUCAGAGUGAGUUCUGACCUAAUUAAGCACCAGAGAAUUCACACUGAAGAGAAACCCUAUAAAUGUCAACAAUGUGAUAGAAGGUUUAGAUGGAGCUCAGAUCUUAAUAAGCACCUAAUGACACACCAAGGAAUAAAACCACAUAAAUGUUCAUGGUGUGGAAAAAGCUUCAGCCAUAACACAAAUCUACAUACACACCAAAGAAUUCACACAGGAGAAAAACCCUUUAAAUGUCAUGAAUGUGGGAAAAGGUUUAGUCAGAACUCCCAUCUUAUUAAACACCAGAGAACCCACACAGGUGAGCAGCCUUAUACUUGUAGCAUAUGCAAGAGAAACUUUAGCAGACGGUCAAGCCUUCUUAGACACCAGAAACUCCACAGGGCAAGGGAAACUUGUCCCGUGCCCCCAGUAUAA